ACAACAACAAAAAGAGAGAGAGAGAGAGAGAGAGAGAGAGAGAGAGAGAGAGAGAGAGAGAGACCAAAAUUAUAAUUAUAAAAAAACCCCAAAAUUUGUGUCUUCUGAAAAAUUUCGAAAUUCCGGAUCCACCGCCAUCAAUCCCUAGCUUUCUCUCUCCCUAUCUCUCGCUAUCUUCGCCGGAGAAGCCAGUAGGGUUUCUCAAAUUACCCUUCUUUGUCAAUUUGUUCUUACUACUGUCUGUGCAAUGAGGAAAGGAGCGAAGAGAAAGGGUGGUUCCAAAGCAGGUCGCAAAGGUGCUGUUGCGGAGAGUCAGACCGAUGAGGUGAUUGUUGAGUCUCAGGAGGAGACGACGACGCAGGAGGAGAGCCAGCAGCCUAAGGAAGAAGUCGUCAACGAGGAGAAUGGGAAAAUGGAAGAGGAAGAGGCCAAGGGGGACAAAGAGGAAGAACCGGCUAAACCCGAUUCGUUAGAGAAGGGGGAGGAGAAUCAGGAAGAAGAAGAUGAAGAAGAAGAUGAGGUCAAAGAUGUCAAAAAGGUUAAGGAAGAUGCUGAGAAGAAACCUGUUGCUCGUCGUGGUGGUAAGCGGAAGAGGGCUACAAAGAAGGAAGCUGAGGUUAAAGAUGAGAAGAAGCCGGCACCCAAAGCUAAGAAACCCCGAGUUACCAAAGUGAAGGAAGAGCCUGAGUACUUCGAGGACAAGCGAAAUCUGGAGGAUUUGUGGAAGGUUGCUUUUCCAGUGGGAACUGAGUGGGAUCAAUUAGAUGCACUUUAUGAAUUCAAUUGGGAUUUCAAAAAUCUUGAGGAAGCAUUGGAGGAAGGAGGAAAGCUUUACGGGAAGAAAGUCUUUGUUUUUGGCUGUACAGAACCUCAACUAGUUCCCUACAAAGGUUUAAACAAGAUUGUCCAUGUCCCAGCAGUUGUUGUUAUUGAUUCACCUUUUCCGCCUUCUGAUAAGAUAGGAAUCACAUCGGUUCAGAGAGAAGUGGAGGAAAUCAUUCCAAUGAAGAAGAUGAAAAUGGACUGGCUUCCUUACAUUCCAAUUGAAAAAAGAGAUAGACAAGUUGAUAGGAUGAACUCUCAAAUUUUUACCUUGGGCUGUACGCAGAGGAGAUCUGCUCUCAGACAUAUGAAGGAAGAUCAACUUAAGAAGUUUGAGUAUUGCCUUCCUUAUUUCUAUCAACCCUUUAAGGAAGAUGAACUUGAACAGAGUACUGAGGUCCAAAUAAUGUUCCCCUCUGAACCGCCGGUUGUAUGUGAAUUUGACUGGGAGUUCGACGAACUUCAGGAAUUUGUCGAUAAAUUGGUUGAAGAAGAAGCAUUACCUGCUGAACAAAAGGAUGAAUUCAAAGAAUACGUCAAAGAGCAAGUUCGAGCAGCAAAGAAAGCAAACAGAGAGGCAAAGGAGGCCCGGAAGAAAGCAAUAGAAGAAAUGAGUGAAGAUACUAAGCAAGCCUUUCAAAAGAUGAAGUUCUACAAAUUCUACCCUCAGCCUUCUCCAGAUACACCAGAUGUCUCUGGUGUCCAGUCGCCGUUCAUUAACCGAUACUAUGGAAAGGCUCAUGAAGUACUUUGAGAACCCAGAAUAGCUAUUUCUUGGCAGCUUCAAACUUAUCUAGUCACAGGGGAAAAAAUUGACAGGUCGGUCCAGAAGAAGUAGUAGUAAUUGAGUCAUAUAUGAUGAUGAUGGAUGAUGAUGAUACACAGAGAGUCACACAACACGUUGAUGCUUCUAUUUGUGAGUCUCCCCGUCCCGUUUUAAGGAGAGCAAUGUACGGACAAAGAACUUAACGGCGUUUAUAGAAGUCCGCCGGUGCAUGUGAUGUGAGAAAGGUUUGGUCCGAAAGAAAGAAAAAAAGACAGAGCGACUCAAAAAAACACGACAUGGCAUUGUCCUUUCCAGUCUGUUUUCACUCAUCUCUAAACUAAUCAUAUACUAUUCUUCCACCACUUCUCUCCCUCUCUCUCUUUUCCUUUUUAUUUUUGUUUAAUAACCAUUUUUGUUCGGAUAUCUUAAACAAAUAUUUUGGUAUACUCUGUUUUUUUUUUUUUUUUUUUUUUUUGUAAUUAUCGGUUUUGUUGGUAUCAUUAAGCAGCUAGUAAAGUAGUAUUUCCUAAAACUAUUUGUAAUUAUAACUGAUAAGUGAUUAUGACUUGACGCAA